CCCGCCCUCCCCGCGUCGCGCUCGCUCCGCCGCGCCCCUGCACCGCAGCGCGCCAUGAGCCGCCCCGCGCUGGACGGCGCGGACUGCCCGGACGCGGACCCCGGCGCGGGCUGCGCCCCGGAGGAAGAGGUGCGGACGCUGUUUGUCAGCGGCCUCCCCGUGGACAUCAAGCCCAGGGAGCUCUACCUGCUCUUCAGGCCCUUCAAGGGCUACGAAGGCUCCCUCAUCAAGUUCAUCUCCAGACAGCCCAUCGGCUUUGUGGUCUUCGACAGCCGGGUGCGAGCCGAAGUGGCCAAGGAUGCCCUGAAUGGCAUCUGCUUCGAUCCCGAGAACCCGCAGACCCUGAGGCUGGAGUUCGCCAAAGCCAAUACCAAGAUGGCCAAGAGCAAGCUGAGGGCCACACCCAACCCCAGCGGCACGCACCCUGCCCUCGCUGCACACGGCCCCACCCGAGACCCCUAUGACCUGAUCGGGGCCGCCCUGAUGUCCGCGUCCCCCUACACCUGGACCCCCUAUCACCUGUACACCACAGAGCUGGCCCCCGCCAUCCCCCACGCGGCGUUUCCCUGCCCAGCGGGCACUGCUGCCACCACUGCUGCCCUGCACGCACAGGUGCGCUGGUGCCCGGCCUCUGACAGUGCCCCGCCCGGGUGGAAGCUUCACCAGCUCUGCUAGUGCUGUGGGGCCAUGCUGACAGGAAGCCUCCUGUCCCUCACCCCGUCUUUUGCGCACCCUACCGUGAUGUACCUCACCCCUGUCUGGUUCUUAUUUCCAGACUUCGGAACCAACCAGAAAGCAAGCAUUUUUUUGUACCCUGUGUAGCAAACUGUAUGUGUAUCCUGAAGGGUUUUUCAUGUGCAGUUAAUCAAUUAUUGAAGAGACCUCACUCCCCUGUCAGACAAGUUUAAUGUUUCCCUUGCGGCAUGAAGAAGAAAAGGGCUUCCGUCCCCUGGCAGUGAGCCUUUGCUGGAGCCAGAGGAGGGGAAACCCUGCAGUUUUCUCGGGCGAGUGUGUCAGCGCUUGUGCGUCCACGGCCCGGUGGCCGGCUGGGGGCUGCCGUCCCCGAGAGAAUGUGUGGAAGUGGGUAAUAUCUGAAAUGCAAAAUAAAAAGCUCU